UUAAAGUGAAAGGAAGAAAAAGAAAUCGAAAGUUGAAAGUUCGCUAGUGUUUUCUUAGCAUGUUCUACGAAGUUUCUCUUGACUUACUUGCCAAUUUCCCAUUUGCUUCAGUCAUCAGGAAAACAAGUUUCCCAUUGAAUACCUUUAGCUUCACUUAUUGAGUCUUCAACUCUGAAUCUAACUUCUCUCUUUACAAAACAAAAAGGGGAAAAAAGAUUGCAUUUAGAUAGGAAAUUUGCUGAUCUUGGUUAUCUUUUUGAGGUUACUUCAAGGCUUAUUUUUCCACUGUAAUCAGAAUCUUUGAAGAAAUAUUGGUACUGAAGCCAAUUUUAUUGGCAUUUCUAUAGUCCAGGGACUUGCUAAUGGAGAUGUUAGGCGCAAUUCUUGAGCUUGGAAAAACGAUAUUGGCUCCGAUUAGUGAAUAUUACAAGUAUCACAGAAGCAUUGAUGAACAUAUGAAAAAUCUCAAGAGAAAACGAGACGAUUUAGAAUGCAAAAAGUCAGACAUUGAAUCAAAAAUGAGAGCAGAACUUCUUCCAAGAAAGAAACCAAAAAGAGAAGUUGAAUUUUGGCUCCAAAAGGUAAAAACGAUUAAUGUGGAAAUACAAAACACUGAACAAGAGGCUGAAAGAGGGAAGUAUUUCUCACGUAUGCAUGUAGGAAAAAUUGCUUGCCAGAAGAUACAAGAAGUGACAGAAUUAAUUGAUCAAAGUUGUGGUUUCGGUGAAAGUUUAGUAAUUGACCCACCUGUAAGCUAUGGAGAUGAAUUGCCAACUAGGGCAUUAGUGGGAGAGAGUACAGCUGAAAUAACAAUGGAAAAGAUUUGGAAACACUUGUUAGAUGAAGAUUGUGGAAGGAUUGGUGUUUGUGGUAUGGGAGGGGUUGGUAAAACGACUAUUAUGAAACAAAUCAAUAAUCGCCUGUUAAAAGAGAAAGACAAGUUCAAUCAUGUAAUUUGGGUUACUGUAUCAAAGGCAUUCGAUGUUAUCAAACUACAAAAUGACAUUGCCAGCAUGUUGCAUCCAAAUCCUUUAAAGUCUGAGGAUGAAACAACAAGGGCAGGCAAGCUGUAUGCAGCAUUGAAAGAAAUGAAGAAGUGUGUGCUAAUUCUAGAUGAUUUGUGGAAUGCAUUUCCACUGGAGAAUAUAGGGAUCCCAGAGCCCACUUCAGAAAAUGGGUGCAAAUUGGUAUUGACAACUCGAGAUGCUAAAGUUUGUGAUGGAAUGAAUUGUAAAACUAUUAAAGUGGAGCUUCUUUCGAUAAAAGAGUCGCGUGAUUUGUUCUUGAAAACAGUGGGCUGUGAUGUUUCAAAUAUUCCAGAAGAUGUUGUGGAAGGCGUUGUCAAACAAUGUGCUCGUUUGCCUCUUGCAAUCAUCACAAUAGCAGGAAGUUUAAAAAAUGUAGUUGAUGUUUUUGAGUGGAGGAACACAUUGAAUGAGUUGAGGACAUCAACAAAAGGGUCGGCACAUGUAGAUGCUCCAGUAUUUAAGAGCCUUCAAUUCAGUUAUGAACGCUUAAAAGAUAAGAAACUUCAAGAUUGUCUCUUGUGUUGUGCACUAUACCCUGAAGACUAUGAGAUUAACAGAGAUGAGUUGAUAGAGCAUUUGAUUGGUGAGAAAGUAAUAGAAAGCAUGAAGAGUAGGCAAGAAGAGUUGGAUCAGGGGCAUACUUUGUUGAAUAAGCUUGAAAAUGCCUGCUUAUUAGAAGGUGGGUCUAAAUAUUUUGAAAUCAAAGGCAUUUUAGAAAAAAGGCGUUUUGUGAAGAUGCAUGAUCUAAUAAGAGACAUGGCCCUCCAGAUUGCAGGUGCUAAGUUCUUGGUAUUAGAAGAUGUUCCAAAUGAAGAAGAAUGGGGAAAUGAUGUUGAAAAGGUUUCUUUGAUGUGCAAACGUGGUUCAAAAUUUCCUGAUGUGUCACCAAAAUGUCCUAAGCUUUCGACCUUGCUUCUACGAGGAUAUGUAAACAUCAUCCCGGAUUCAUUUUUUGUGCACUUGCAUGGACUCAGAGUUCUUCAUGUAGUUUGUGGAAAGUAUAAUUCUUUACGAUCUUUACCAAAUUCAGUCUCUGACUUGAAGCAUCUUACUUCAUUAAGGUUUAAUUGUUAUGAUAUUAGGCGUGUGCCUUCAUUAGCAAAGCUUACAGCAUUAAGGAGUUUGGAUAUUUCGGGUCGUUAUCUGGAAGAAAUACCUCGUGGUUUGGAAAUGUUGGUCAAUUUGAGAUACCUUAAUGUUGAUAGUUCUCUAAAGAUCCAGAAAAUGAUGCCACCAGGGAUUUUACCCAAACUCUGUCAACUCCAAGUCCUCAAAUUGCCUUUUUUUGGUUUAGAAGUUAAUGGAGAGGAGAUGGUAAGGUUGAAGAAAUUAGAGUGUUUAGAAGGCGCAUUUGAUGGCGUUAAAGGCUUCAAUACAUAUGUUGAAUCCUUAGAGGAGGGAGGACCUAGCCAUUACAUAUAUGCCGUGAAUCAAAAAAAGCCAGCUAGCCAGCUGGGAGUUGCCGAGUUGGGCGAAAGAGUAAUUUUAAGUGACUGCAAUAUAUGUCUACUCCCAAAAGAUGUUCGUGCCCUCAUAAUUUGCGAAGUUCCACCCUGUGUGUCUUCGGACUACUGGAAAAAGGGUGUUUGGUUUAAGGGGUGUCAAGAAAUAGAAUACCUUAAUUCUUAUUUUUACACCUUUUCUCUUCAAAGCCUUGAGAUUCUACAUCUCUCCGGAUUGAAAAAUUUAAAGGGACUGUUUAGAGAAGAGAAAGUCGCACCGGUCGUCCCCCUCGGCACCUUUUCCCGCCUCAAACAAUUUGAAAUACAGUUUUGUCCGAAUAUAAAGAAGCUCUUCCCGCCUGGGUUGCUGCUGGACAACCUGGAACAGAUUGACGUCUAUGGCUGUGAACAAUUAGAGGAAAUAAUAGGUGGGGCUGAAGCAUCUGAUGAUGAAGUUGAAGAAGAAGCAAAAGAAAUUGUGGAAAUAUUCCCCCAAUUGAGGAAAUUGAUAUUAUGUGGAUUACCAGAGCUGAAGACCAUAUGCAGUAGCAGUAAUGUAAUACUUUGUGAUUCUCUCAAUUCUAUUUCGAUCUCCGGAUGUCCGAAGCUUAAGAGAUUACCUCUUUCUCUGCAUCUUAUUGAUGGAGAACUAUCUUCUCCGCCUUCUUCAUUACAAAUCAAAAUAGAGAAAGAAAGUUGGGAAUCGCUGGAAUGGGACAAUCAUGAUAUGAAGAUGGUCCUUGAACCUCUCUGUCAGUUCAUUAAAUGGGAUACGUCAUCAAGCCAAAGCCAACUCAAGAAAUAAUUGUGUGGCAUGGUCCGCGUGGACCCGCAACUAGAUCUUGGCUCUCAAAUGUGUUUCCGUGUAAUUCUUAGCUCUUUUGGUUCUGAUUUGCUUUUUAUUUGAACUUUGUUGUGUUAUGAUUUAUGAACAUGUGUUCUUCUCUUUGGCUGAGUGGGAUGAUCUUCUGUAAUAAAUUGUUACUCCAUGUUGAUUUGUUUAGUAAUUGUGAAAGGAUUCAAACAUUGUCUGUU